AUGCUACUUGAAUCUGACGAGCUUCCUGAGAUAUUUCUCCGAAGGCAUGAGAUUCAGAUGGUAGAUGACCCACCGCUGCUUCAAACCGAGAGUCUUUAUUACAUGAAUUCAUCUAGGUAUGUUGACUUGAAUGUGUGGGACGUAGUUCCUCGUCCUCCUCUGCCAAGGAGGGGAUUUGCUCAUAUCAUGGUAAGUUAA